UAGCGGCAUAUCGAUUCCACUUUAGUUCCGUCCAUCGAUUGGAAAGAUUUCUCACAUCUUUCGCUUAUUCUUUCUCUUCUUUUCUGUAUUUAUACGACAUGGCCAGGCAAAUACCUCUAUCCUGCAGCGGACACACGAGACCUGUAGUAGACCUUCACUUCUCAGACAUAACACCGCAUGGAUACUUCUUAAUCAGCGCGUGUAAAGAUGGCAAGCCAAUGUUACGACAAGGUGAGACUGGGGACUGGAUUGGCACAUUUGAGGGGCACAAGGGAGCCGUAUGGAGCACUAAACUAAACAUGGAUGCUACUAAGGCUGCUACCGGGGCUGCUGACUUCUCAGCGAAAGUGUGGGAUGCUCUCAGUGGAGAUGAAGUGGCAAGUUUGCCUCACAAACAUAUUGUCAAAACAGUGGACUUCUCAUCUGAUGGAAAUCGUCUGUUAACUGGGAGUAAUGAGAAAAUAUUACGAAUAUUUGACCUGCAAAAUUUGGACUCUGAGCCACAAGUACUUACUGGUCAUACUGGAAGCAUAAAGACUGCUUUGUGGAAUAAGGAGAAUAAUAUGGUGUAUAGUGGCGGAGAUGAUAAAAUGAUAAGGUUAUGGGACACAAGGACUCUAGAAAACACACGUAACAUUCAACUUCCCCACAACCUGACAAACAUGGACAUGAGCCGCGAUGGGAAUGUGCUGGUCAUCACCCAUGGUACCACGGUUGUGUUUUACGAAACUGAAAGUAUGGAUGUGAUCAAAUCAUUUGAGAUGCCUACCCUUGUAUAUGGCGCAUCACUUCACCCCGACAAGUCUUGCUUUGUGGCCGGUGGAGAGGAUUUAAAGAUCUACAAGUUUGAUUAUGAUACCGGAAAGGAAUUGGAAUCAUACAAGGGGCACUUCGGACCAGUACAUUGUGUCCGGUAUUCUCCGGACGGAGAGCUCUACGCGUCCGGAUCUGAGGACGGCACCCUACGCUUAUGGCAACACACGGUCGGAAAGACGUACGGGUUGUGGCGGGCGGUACCCGCUGCUAACGGGACAAUUACUAAUAACACCACGAGCAAAAACGCUAACAGUGCGGCGGCUGCCGUUGCGAACUCUUAGCUUUAUACAUAGUUCGACGUCUUCGGUCUAUGUAAAGGGGCAGACCACUGAACGAGCAAUAGGUGUGUGGGUGGGUGGUCUGUUACUCUCUCUAGGGGCGGAAUAAAAGUAAAAGUAGUUACCUCCAUACUCUCUGACCCUUCAAAACCUCGCUCACACAUGUCCAACUUCGGCGUUUGCGUCUCUCCGCUUAAGUAUGCACUGCACUCGAGUCUAAUAUAACUACAUCCCAACAAUGUUUUGCGGGCGCUGUUGGACGAAGAGUUAACAAAUCUUCAGAGGCAAGAUAUCAAAGUGGAAGGCAUGCAGUGUUUAUCAUAAAACACUCCAUAAGAUAUUCACUGCACAAGACCAACAACACUACUAAGUGGAAAUCCCGCAAACGUUAAAGUUAUUUAACCAGAGAUGGAAAGGAAAUGAAAAAGGAACCGUUCCUUCCCACUUGUUUGUGCUUUGCACUUUCUUUCACAAGCACUAUAAUUUCAUAUCGUCUUCGCCCCUUUUCGCGUCUUUGCUAAUUUUCCUCUUAGACCGCUAAAGAGACUGGUAUGUCUUCCUUAAUAUUUGUACAAAAGCAAAUUACUAUGCACUAGCGAGUUACCGUUUAUAAUAAGAAAUAUAGAUGCUAUUGUAUUUGAACGGACGUGUCUUUUGCAUGUCCGUAAAUAAGUGAGAAAGUUAAAAGUAAAAGUUAAGUAUAAAUUA